AUGGGAUUUUAUUUAACACUUUUGGUUAUUCUAAUUGUUAUUGCUAUACAAUUGUUUAGAUAUCCCAGCACUUUAUUGGCAUGGUUUCUUCGUCGAUUUUUAAAUUGUUACUUCGCUAAAAUAAAUGGAAUUGGAUGGUUUUGUUUUGGCCAAAUUAAAUUUCUCUUCCAUAACGGGCUUUGCCUUGAAUUGGAAAAUUUACGAAUUGAUAGAAUUUUUGUCUGGCGGUCAUGGAAAUGGCCAAAACUAAAUUUGCACGUUUUUGUGAAAAGUUUUCGAGUUGGUGAAUUGAAAAAUGGAAAAAUUGAGAUGGAUGGUUGUAUACGAAAUUUUGAUUUUAAUGAGACAAUUGAAUACGUAGGUUUUACUAAAAGUUUAUUUUACAAGGGAAAUUUUGAAUUACUUGAUAUAACCUUCAACCGUUCUAAAGGCGAUUUUAUUCUCUUUAUAAAGUUUGGAAGUUCUGUUGAUUUUACUUGGUCUCCUGUUCUACACUUAAAAUUAAAUGAUUUAAUCAAAGCCUUUUAUUCCAAACUCUCAAAAUUUUCUAAUUUAUUUAAAUCGCUUUCUUCCGCUUACAAUGCAGAACCUUCUACCUCUUCAAAUUUACUUUUCGAUGUCCAAACUGAACAUUCAUUUGAAUUGGCCUUUCGUCUACCACAAAAUCACUUGAUACGUUUAAUAUCGCCUUCAUUUUCUUUUGAACGGACGGCUCCUUGUUUCGCUAAAUUUGCUGCUCCAAAUUUAUUAGUAGAAAUGGAUGGACAUAUAAUUAUGGAUUUUGAGUCACCAAAAUUAGAAUGCGUAAAAGAAGAUAUUUUUCUAAAAUUACUUCGAAGUGGAUUUUCUCAAUUAGAAUUAGAAACAAAUCGUUUAUGGUCUUGGAGUGCAGAACAAUUGCAAAUUGUUUUUCCAUAUGGUUAUAAUUUUGCUGAUUCAUUUGACGAUCUAAUUAAUUGUAUCAAAUGGAUUAAACUAGUUCAUAAUAUAAAGAGUCGCCCAUUUACAAAAGAAUCUCCAUUACCUGCUGAUGUUAGAAUUAGAUUUAAGACUGUUACUCUUCGGAUUGAGGAUGAUCCGUUUGAAAUUCAACUUCAAAAUAUUUAUGAAGUCCAAAUGGAUGAAGUUUUUGAACGAGAACGAAGAAAGCAAAUUUUAGAUGCAAAAAUUGCUCAACUUAAGAAAGAGGAUCCAUUCUUUCCAAGUAAUAAAAUUGAUGCAUUACAUCAAUCUCUAAUAAAGAAAGAUGGUCAGCUCUACAUGGAAAGAAUUCAAAAAGUCCGACAACAACAGCUAGAUCGGUGUCUUUUUCAUUGGGAAAUUAAUGAAUUAGAAUUGCGAGCUUUUGCUGAUCUGACUUUGCAUGGAAGAGAAAAUGUUCUUGAUUAUAUUCAUAUUUUUAAUUCGGAAUCUAAUUUCUCUAUCAAUGAUCCUCAAUUUUCCACACUUUGGGCUCGUGUUGUCGAGCUAGAAGCUGUCCAAAGUCGAAUGAAUUUUCGUGAUUAUCCUCUCCCUUAUAUGAAUUUACAAAAAGCCCAUUUUUGGGGCACUUUGGUUGGAGCUGAACAAAUUAUGGAAAGUAGAUCAAUUCGUCACCAAUUUAUUGAUACUCCAGAGCCUUGGGGAAGAUUUAUUAUUGAACGAAGCAUGUGCCCACUCAAAUUUUUCUAUGAUCUUAAAUGCGAAAUUUCUGACUUAAAAGUUACUUAUGGCCCUUGUUGGGAGCCUUGUCUUUCAAUGAUUAGUCUUUGUUGGAGUCUUAUAAAUGCACCUUCUAAAGAUCCUUCAGAACCUCUUCCUUUUUGGGACAAACUUAGACUACUUUUACAUGGACGUUUUGCUAUGUCCUGUACUAGGCUACAAACAUCUAUGCUUGCUUCUACUGAUCCUUAUAAUGAUACUGAAUUGGUUGAAAUUGUUUGGGAGGAUUUUGAAUUUGAUUGGCUAACUGGCGAAUUCAACAUAAGAUCUGAUGUUGAUGCAUAUAUUCGAACAGCCAGUAAAUAUGACGAUAGAAGACUUUUGCAUCUCCCUCGCCUAAUUUGCGCUAUAAGUUUAGAUUGGAUUUGUCUUGGGGAUCAACAUGACCAUCAUUCAGUACAGCCUUGUGCUCCUGACAAAUUGCCAGAAUAUUCUAUUAAUAUUGGUCAUGAUUCGUAUCGAGCUUUUCGUUCUUCUUGUGUUGAUGUAAAUAUUCGUUUUGAAAUUAGUGAGUGCGAUGAGAACAACAUCAAACGACAGUUCCCACAGAUUCAGCUUUAUGCCAAUACAUUCAAAUGCCUUGAUUUUCUCAUUAAAACACUUAUGACCGUAAACAGACCAGUCAAACGAGGACCUAUUUUCUCAACUCAAACAACGAAACGUUAUCAAUUAAGUAGACAUUUUAGUUCAACUUUGCAAAGGUUUUCAAUCUCUUAUUGGAUGUCUUUCUCUUCCUCACACGGGUUCCGAGUGAUAAGUGAUAAUCUUAAAUUUACAUUUUCUGCUCAAUUACAAGUACAUCAACAUCAUUCUAAUGAUCACAUUUCUAGACGAUCAAGAAUUGAUUGGAAAAUAUCUCACGUGACUGCUCAUCUCGAAAAUACCCAAAUUCAUUUAUAUAAGGUUAAACCAAAUGAUGAAGAUUUACUUCGUGAUGAACAUAUUCCAACAGAUAGCAGUAAUUCUUCAUUCUUUGUUGGCCUUUCCCGUCUUACCUAUAUACGUGAAGCAAGGCAGAGUAAGAAAAAUUCUUUUCAAUAUGGAACUGAAUAUUCAUCAAAUCCAAAUAGUGAUGAGUCUAGUCAAUCAACCUGUUUGGGAACAGCAGUACAUCGUUUGACAAUUACUGAUUUGAAGGCAUCUUGGACAAUAGACAAUCGUGAUAUUUGUUUAGUUAUUGCUGAAGGGGUGCAGAAAGCACAUAUGUUGCGAAAAAUUCUGACAAAUGAAGCAUUGAAAAUGUUUAAUUUUGGAGAUGAAGCAACCACAAGCACUAAUUCUUCAAAUAUCCCAGGAAUAACUCGCUUGAAUUCCAACAGUACAUCAUCACAACGAACUACUCGAAAUCCAUCUGUAAAGAGAGGAAUUGCUGUUAAUUCUGGAAGUCCGCGUCAUGAAAAUGGGGAUGCUGGAAGCUUACUUGACGAUCGUGAAAUGCUUUGGAGAUUAGUAGAUGAAGCAGAAACUAAUUUGGUUGCUUAUAGUGAAGAGAUUGCACAAAAUCCAACAGAUUCACUCAAUGGUGUUGGUAUAUGCACAAUGGAAGAUGUUAUCUUAAUAAACUGGCAAAUUGAUCUAUUAAACAGUCAAUUGGUUUUAAAAAGUUCAGAAAAGGUUGGGGGUUUUAUGCUGGUGACAGCAGCGCGGGCGUCUGUUUCGCAACGGUUACAUGUGCCUGUUUGGAGAAGGAAGCAAUUACUAUUGAAGAAAUCUUGGAUUACAACACUUUCAGGGAUGCAGUAUUUUGCACCUUUAUUUAUUGCUCAAGAUGAUUGCAGCCUUAAACCAACAGAAUUCCGCUGGCUUAAUCGUGAUAUAAUUGAAGAAAAACAGAUGCCUACUGAUCAGCAACAAAGCAAAGUAGAAGAUUUUUCAACAACUGGUGAGGCUGUUGGCGGGGUUGUAGUAGAUAAUAGCACAAUUUCUGUUGAUUCAUCUUCUUCUAUUCAAUUACAACGAGUUGCUUCAAGAUGCAGUUGCCAGCUUUUCUUCUGUUGUUUCUCUGAUAUGCUUGGCACUGAAGAAUUGGAAGAUUUGGAAAUAACAAUUCCAGCUGCCAAUACAACAAAAGAGCGUGGUAGCUUGGGUGUGCGACAUUGUGAGGAGGUUGACACGUUCACAUUGAAGCACAACAUUUUGGAAGUUUGUACAAAUUCAGAACAAUACCAAAUGUGUAUUGAUAUCCUACAAAAUCUAAUCAUGUUCAUCGAUCCUCGUAAAACCCAAUCGGAAGAAAAUAGGAGACGAAUGUGGUUUGAGUUGCUCAAAAGGCCAAAGCAAAGUGUUCGUGUUUCAAUCCAAAAAAUGCAGAGUGAUCUUCGUGAACUUGUUUCUUUAGUACGUGCUUUGGAACGACAAGCGUUUUUUCUAAAUAAAGAGAUGCAAUUGAAUCCUAUGGAUCCAAAACUUGAAUUAGAAAAUAACCAAUUACAAACAGACAUUGAUGAAUACAAACAACGACAAAAUUUGCUUAUUGAUGAACUUGUCAUGAUGAUAAGUUGUUAUAAAGAGAAGGAAGUUGAGGAACGAGCACAAAAAUUUAUAACUCAAUUACGUGUUGGCAGUGAAGAAGUAUAUGGAGAUGAUGAGCAAAAGCCAUUCAUUUCUAGGCUAUUUGAAGGUAACCUUAUCGAGAUUUUUCAAAUUAAAAUGAAUAAAAAUAUUUUUUUAGUUUGCUUCGAAAAUUGCAUAUGGCGAUUAACUGAGAAUGAUGGUCAAAUUUCACUUUCCGAAGUUCAAAUUAGAAAUUUUCUUUACACAAGAACAGCACGCAUUGAUAAUUCUGGUGAUCAUUUGUUGGAGAUUGGUGUUGUUAAAGAGACUUUAGCUCGUCUACAAACUACAACUAGUGUUGAUGUAACACCAGCUAUGCGUGUUAUUUGUCGAGAAUUGCCUGCAGUUGGUGGAAUUAUUAAUAUUGCCCCCAUGCAUGCACAAAUUACUUAUCGUUUUUUCGAAAAAAUGAUGCAAUAUUUCUUUCCUGGACGUAAUAUUGAGAAGGAAGAUCAACAAAAUUUGGAUACUUCUGAUGACCAACAACAACAUAAUCAACAGCCACUUUCUUUCGCUCAACGUAUUCGUGGUGCUGUGAAUCACUCAUUUAGAAGUACAAAAACUAAAGCUGCACAAUAUGCUGCAAUUCGAGAUGAAAUUGAUAAAAUGAAGGAACGCUCAGAGAAAAACAAUAUGUUCGUUUACAUAAUCAUCCCAGCUGUUCCUUUUCUUGUUUCGUAUAAGGGAAAUAAAGAGAAAAAUCUGGAGGAUGUAGAUCGCUUCAAUCUGACCUUCCCAAAUUGUGAAUAUCACGACAAGAACUGGACAUGGUUAGAUUUAGCAUUAGCAAUUAAACAAAGAUGUAAACGGGUCCUUCUCCAACAAUUUAUUAAUCAAAAAUUUUUACGAAAUUCUCGGCAAGCUGGAAUUGAGAGAUUUGUGGCUGAACCUAUUGAUGAUGAGGAGAAGAAACGAAUUAUCCUUGGAAAUACUAUGUAUGAAAAUUCUAAUGAUUAUUCCUCAGUGUUAAACGAAACAAAAACUUCUCAAGAAUACGCAUUCGAUUGGUCAGUUUUAAUUGAUGCAGAUCUUGAAUUUAUUAAUCCGGAAGUAAAGAAAAAAUCCCACAUUCAUUGUGUCUUUUCGCGUGUCUACAUUGACGAUAUGGAUCUGUUACGUCAAGGCGAUGAUGAAGGUGAAUUUGUUGCUGAUGAAAGUGAAUCAAAAGAGGAUUUAUUAGAAGAGCAAAUUCAAGAAGUUUCAACAAAUAUGCAAAAGGACGAAGAUGUCGUCAAAAAAGAAAAAUCUCAAAAUGAAACUGAUUGUUCAAAUGCUGAAAAUGUUCGCAGUUUUGGAUUCGCAACUGGCUUUGAUUUAAGUGGAGAAACUUAUAAGAAAAAAAUUAAUGGUAGUGAAGAUGGAAGUGAAAGUAGUAAAUUCAGUGCUGGGAUUCUUGAUUUUGCAAAAUUUUGGCAAAAUGAAGACUGCAAAAGAUUUUCUGGAUUUGAAGGGAAAAAACGGAAAAAAGCAAAGGCAAGAACAUCAUCCUCUUUAUCGGCAACUACAAGUUCUUUACAAAUAUCUGGCACAGCUAGUAAAGUAGAAUCAAAUACUUCUUUAAUCGAAGGUUCAGAAGAUUCGUUGUCAAUAAAUAUUUCUAUGGAAAAAUUGAAUUUUGAGGAUAAAUUAAAUUUUGAUUUCGCUUUUGAUCCAAAACGAGAUAGAAAAUUGGUUGCUAAAAGGGCUCGCAAAUAUUUUUCUGAUGAUAAGGAAAUGAUGAAAUAUUGGUUUCAACGUUAUCGUUACUUUACUAAAUUGGAUGAGGGAAUUUUAUUAGAUCGUGAAGCCUGGUUCUCGGUUACACCAGAAAUGCUUGCACAACACGUUGCUGAUCGUCUUGUCCGAAUUAGAGAUUGUAUAAUUCUGGAUGCAUUUGCUGGUUCUGGGGGAAAUUCUAUUCAAUUUGCUUUGAAGGGUGCUUUUGUUUAUGCAAUUGAUAUUGAUCCAGUGAAAUUGCGUUGUUCAGCAAGAAAUGCACAAAUUUAUGGUGCCCGAGAUAGAAUAAACUUUAUUUGUGGAAAUUUUUUCCAUAUUUGCAAAUCAUUAAUUGGAGCAAGGAAAUAUAAGGAGGAAAAUAAAAUUGUUAAAAGUUCAUAUCCUUACACAACUGAUCUUUAUCCAUUUGCGAUAGAUUCUGUUUAUUUAAGCCCACCUUGGGGUGGGCCUUCCUAUGCAAAAUCAGGAAAAGAAGAAUUUGAUUUACAAAAAGACAUUAUUUUAGAUGGUGUCAAAAUAUUUAAUUAUGCAAAAAAGAUCUCACAAAAUGUUGUUUACUUUUUACCCAAAAAUACUUCUAUUAUUGCAUUGGCAGCAUCUGAUGGAGAAGUUGAAUUAGAGCAGAGUUUGUUGGGAGAAAAAGUAAAAGCAUUGCACGCUUAUUAUGGAAAAUUGGUUGCUCAUGAUUGA